AUGCCGCACCACUGCCAGACUCGUGGUCGAGUAGUUUCUGUCGAGCUCACGACCCCUCAAUCGUCACCGGGUCUGAAGCUCGAGACCGCUGAUGAGGAGGGGAGCUCGAGAUCGUCAGCACGAACCGUGAGGACGUCGACCCCUCAUUCUUCUUCUUCACCUCGUCGUCCUCUCUACUUCCUCGUCAUCAUGAGAGGGAGAGAUGGCUUUGAUUUGUGCAUGUCGGAGCUCGCCGGUCGCGCCACCCCCAGGGAAAAUCCUCCCCAUCGGGCGCCCGAUGGGGGGGUGGGGAGAAAAAAUCGGACUCCCGCGGCUCCCACGCCUCACGUCCCCGACCACCUCCUCCAGGACAUCCUCCUCUGCCUCGGCUCCUCCGCCUGCCUCGUCCGCGCGGCGUACGCGUGCAAGCGGUGGCGCCGCGUUGUCACCGCCGCCGGCUUCCUCGACGCCUUCCGCUCACUCCACGGCGCGACCCACCACGUCGCCGGGCACUACCACACCGUCGACGACGCGUACGACAGGCAGGCGGCGCCGGGGGCAUUCCCUGAUGGUGGCAGGAGCUUCGUCUUCGUCCCCUCCGACGAGCUCGCCGACACCGAUCGCCGCCGGUUCUCCUCCCUCGAUUUCCUCCCGGACUGCGAGAGCGGCUACUCCUGGGAGCUCGCCGACUCCCGCGGCGGCCUUCUCCUCCUCACCAAGAUGAAGCAACGCACCGGCGACGGCUCACCGGCGCGGCGCCACUGCUUCACCUUCCCCGACAUCGUCGUCUGCGAGCCCCUGACGCGGUGCCACCAGGGUAUCCUCUGUCCUCCCGACCUCAGCGGUUACCAGUGCCUCGGCGUCUUCCUCCUCGACGGCGACGGCGACGGCGGCCGCAUCGGCAUGUCCAACUUCAAGGUCAUCUGCGCACUCUACGAUCGUUACCUGCUGAACUAUAUUCUCCCUCUCAGCGAGACAUUGGCCUGCACGUUCACCUCCGGCAGCGGCGGCGGCGGCUGGCGCCUACCGCACAGCACAGCCGCCGGUGGCGACGUCACACUAGAGCAUGUAAGGCUCGACGCCACGAGCUUCGUGGGGCGUGCAAAUGGCCGCGUCUACUGGGAAAUCGAGGGCGACGAAGGCGGCGACAUGCUCGUCCUCGACGAGACCACCGCGGGAUUCUCCCUCGUGACGUUCCCGGAGAACGUCCGCGAGAGCUACGACAAGCGGACGUUCCGGAUCAUCGCCGGCGGCGACGGCGUCGCCAUGCGCGUGGUCCGUGUGAUAAACAACGACCUCAAGGUGUUCGCGCAGCUCGACGGCGACGGCGAGUGGGUGCUCGAGAAGCGGGUUUGGUUGCCGGCGGCGGCACGGGGCCUGCCAGGGUACGACGAGGGGUACUUCCAGGAGCAGAACGGAGAAGCCAUCGUUGUCGCGGCGAGCGCGGCGUAUGUGCUGCUGACGCCGCCGGUGGAGGACACUUGGCUCUUCUCCGUCGAGCUGGAGACGAUGGCGGUGGAGCGGUGGCAUGAGAGGAACAAGUAUGCCGGGGUGGCUUACCCCUGCGAGUUGCCAUGGCCGCGGGCUUUGCAGGCUACGGAUGCUGAUCAGAUUAGUGGGAGGAGACGAUGCUGAUGAGAUGUGGAUUGAUUCUGGCUGGUCCAAAACUGUUUCGACAGUUGCAUGCAUUCACUUUGCGUUGCAUGAUGUUUCAAGCGCAAUAAUAUUGCUGGCGGAAUAUUGAUGCCUUAGGUCGAAAAGUGUUCUUGGCCCGUCAAGCGACCGGUCAGGUUUAUCGUUCACAUUAGCCAUACCAUUUUGCAAAAACAUUCUAUAAUCUGGAAGCAAUGUAAUCAAAGAGUGACAUGCCUCGGUCUUCAUCUUCAAAA